GGACAGAGCUGAUGUCUCAGAUUUAUCCUCAUCUGCUGAAGAAAUAAUGGCAUCGGUUGAUCGGGAAGACGGAGGAACACGGCCAUACUGAUUUGAACCUGUGGCUGUAAAUACUGGUUAAUGUUUGGAUGGACCUUCGGACGGGAAUGAUAUGGAGUCUGACUCGCUAACUAACCACAGGCACAGAACGGUCGAACGCUGAUUGUGUGGAACAAUAGUAAUGGAAACUUUUGACAAAGGUCGCUCAAAGAAAAAAAUAUGAGUACCGAAGUUUUCAACAAGAAUGGACAGCAUUUGUGGAGAGGUUUCUGCUGUGUGUUUAAAUUCACAGAUGGGGAGUAUGCCAAAGCAUUUGAACUCGACGUUGCCAAUCAACAUUUUACCAACUUUGCAUAAAGAGAAGAUAAAUGAAUAAAAGACAUCCCUUUGUCGUCAAGAACUGUUCACCAUCAUACUAUCAUGAUGGCAAAUCAGAUUAAAUUACGGUCACGAUGAACGGAUGGAAGUCUUAAUGCCUGCAUGACGUAUGAAAGCACAAGAAGUCGCAUUAAUGGUCACAGUGGAGUAAACCAGCUUGGAGGUGUGUUUGUGAAUGGGAGACCUUUACCUGAUUCCACCAGGCAGAAGAUAGUGGAGCUGGCCCACAGUGGAGCCCGACCAUGUGACAUAUCCAGAAUUUUGCAGGUAUCUAAUGGCUGUGUGAGUAAGAUCUUGGGCCGGUAUUACGAGACAGGUUCUAUUCGUCCUCGGGCAAUUGGAGGAAGUAAACCCAGGGUGGCCACUCCAGAAGUUGUAGGCAAAAUUGCUCUGUUCAAGAGAGAGUGUCCAUCUAUCUUUGCCUGGGAGAUCAGAGACAGGCUAUUGGCAGAGGAAACCUGCACUAACGACAAUAUACCUAGUGUUUCCUCAAUAAAUCGAGUACUGAGGAACCUGGCCAGUGACAAGCUGCAAAUAGUAAAUGAGGGGGUGUUUGAAAAGCUAAAGAUGUUCAAUGGACCAGCCACAUGGGGGGGACGCACUGGAUGGUACCCUGGGUCCACACUCAGUAUCACAGAAAAUAUGUGUUCUCAAGUAGAAGGAGUGGAAAACACAAUAUCGGCUAGUUCCAUCAGUGAAGAUUCAGAGGAGACACAAAUGAGGCUUCAACUGAAGAGGAAACUGCAGAGAAACAGAACAUCAUUCACCCAAGACCAGAUCGACGCACUUGAGAAAGAAUUUGAGAGAACGCACUAUCCUGAUGUGUUUGCCCGAGAACGUCUUGCCAACAAAAUAGACCUACCCGAGGCACGGAUACAGGUUUGGUUUUCCAACAGAAGAGCAAAGUGGAGAAGAGAAGAAAAGUUGAGAAAUCAACGCCAUCAGGUGUCCAACUCAUCCAACCAUGUUCCCAUCAGCGGCAGUUUUAACACAAGUGUCUACCAAUCUUUACCACAACCUACUACACCAGUGUCCUUCACAUCAGGAUCUAUGUUGGGGAGAUCUGACUCAGUUCUGUCCUGCAGCUACAGCCUUUCGUCCAUGCCACACUUCAGUUUGGCUGCCACCUUGCCUAUGCAAGCAUCUAGUCAGACAUCUUACUCAUGCAUGCUGCCCACCAGUUCAGGUGUAAAUGGAAGAAGAUAUGAGACCUACACGCCUCCACAUAUGCAACAGCAUAUGAACAACCAGUCGUUGACCUCCUCUGCCACAUCCACAGGUCUGAUUUCUCCAGGGGUCUCAGUUCCUGUCCAAGUUCCAGGAAAUGAAACAGACAUGUCGCACUACUGGUCACGUCUGCAGUGACGUUGUUUUAGCAACACUUAUUUAAAACUAAGUGAGCAACAUUCUGUUUGAAUAACGCAAAUCUCAAAAAUCCGUCCGAGAAUACCUCUUAGUAUCAGAUUGGUAAUAAACUCUUAAGGUGAGAUAGAGAGUUUCGACAUGGUGCCGGAGGACUUCUUCCAGAAGGAUGCAUAUAUGUUUCAGAACAAUAGAUUUGACUAUGGCAUAAGCAUCAGCUGCCAUUGAGAAUAUGGUACAAUGCUUUGACUAAAGUAAAACAAAGACACUUCUUUGGUAACAAAGUCAUUCACUAAUUUCCCAAAAUAUGUAAAAUGAUUGUAUAUAAAUGUAUAAUGAACAUUUUACAUAAGAAAUAAAGAUGUGAACUGUAAAUGUGCUUCAUUGGAACAAUUGAUUAGAAAAACUUGUAAGGUUCAUAAUAUCAAAAAUUGUGACUUGCUUGGUAUUGUAAAUAUCCUACGAGACAUGGAUGAUUUUAAAAUCUGUUUGGGGGCUUGCUAGUUGUAAAUCCAAUCCUCAUUUGUAAACAUUGAAACAAAUUGACACAGUCUAAAUCGUAUACUCUCUGAUACAGCAUUAACGGACCUUUCCAAUGGCGACCUUAUGCUGCGCCCCCUUGGCCAUGUCCCACAAGCUUUCAAAAUUGCGAUUGAACAUAACAUGUUUGAAGUCGAUUCUCUAUCGUGUAUUCCAUACAAUAAUGGGGUAAGUUUUUUUCCAAAUGCGUCAGACUUGUCCAAGAGAGUUCUACAGAGAGGUCUCAACUAUUUCACGCACGGAAUUAAGAUUUUGGACGGAGCAGGGCGCAAUGUCAGAGUUAAAGCGAAAUGUUGGCGAUCGAUGCAAAAAAGUUUCACGCCUCACAAACUUCACAUUGAAAUCCAACAUAAUAAAAUAGUGGAAUCGUACUGCGGAUGUAAAGCAGAGUAAGUACUUUUUAUUUGGAAAGAUCACAACUAAUAUCUUUGUCGUCUUUAUAAGUGAGUUGGUGUAUUCAUUUGACUUGGCUCAUAAUCGAACCCAGUGCUCUGUCUUAAAAGUCUGAUGUGAUCCAAAUAGGCAAAUAGGCAUUGCUCUUGCAUGACAUCGUGCAUUUAGUAUCACUUCGGCAUGAAACAUUACACACUUUAUUCAGCAGGUCAGUGAUACACUAACAAAGUGAAAGUUCUUCUCCUCCAAAGUAUAAAGCACUGAUAAUAAUUAAAUCAAACUCAGAGAGGAUACUUCUCCCUCACUUAUCUUCGAACAUACAGCCCUGUGCUUGUUGAUAUUGUUCACAUUGAGUUGUACGUGCGGUCUUCCGCAAGCCUUAAUCCAUCGUAGACACAACUGUGUUUUGGGCUUUGGAAAAUGAAUAAACCGGGCUCCUUGUAGCCCAACAGGAUACCUUUAAUCAGAAUUCCACGUUCCCCAAGCAGAUCUGAGGACCAUUUUCUUCGUAACAUUAACUUUUACAAGCACACGCUACAGACAACCACCAUGGCUUGUGGGGCAACGUGGCGAGAGGGGCGUCUUAAACCAGGGGUUAAGACAAUGCGGCUAUCUGAUUUGCUAUUAUUGUAAGAGUGAUUGACAGGUCGGA